AAUAUGAAAGAUUGAAUGUGAAAAGCAGGAUUGGGAGGACAAUUGCGCAACCUAGAGGACACACAGAAAUACACAACAGAAAGUCACUUUGUCGAGCAGCAGGGGGCGCUGUGUGUACAUAUGUAUGUGUGUGUGUGUGUGUGUGUGUGUGUGUGUACAUAUAUAUAUGGCGGUAUGACUGAACGAGGCCGGCCUGACGUCACGAGGGUGUGAUCAGUCCAGGGGUUCACUUGGCAAUUCUAACGCGAUCGGACUUCAUAUUUCAUUUUGUGUUUAGUCUCAGCGCCUGACUGCGACCUUCACCGGGAGAGAUAAUGAAGCAGCCUGGGCUUCCAGUUCACUAAACCCUGCAGCUUUAUCCGACAGAAUGGGAGAUGUGUUCGCUAGCUAGCUCGGGCUGUGUGUAAGUGAACGGUUUCCUGGAGUCGCUGGAGCUCUAACGUCGAGUCGCAGGCUGAUCUGGACCGAGAGACAUGCAGACGUUUCUGCGGGGUAAACGCGUGGGCUACUGGCUCAGCGAGAAGAAGAUGAAGAAGCUCAACUUUUUGGCUUUCGCCGACAUGUGCAGGAAAAGAGGCAUAGAAGUGGUUCAGCUUGACCUGAGCCAGCCUCUGGAGGAGCAGGGUCCGUUAGACGUCAUCAUCCACAAGCUGACAGAUCUGAUCCUGGAGGCCGACCAGAACGACACACAGUCCCUGUUACUGGUACAGCGUGUGCAGGACUAUAUAGAUGCUCACCCUGAGACCAUAGUGCUGGAUCCACUCCCAGCCAUCAGGACACUGCUUGACCGCUGCAAGUCUUACCAGCUGGUCCACCGAAUAGAGGCCUGCAUGCAAGACGAGAGGAUCUGCUCUCCUCCGUUCAUGGUGCUGAACAGUGAGUGUGGUCCAGACACACUGGAACAGAUCAGACAACAUGGUCUUACAUUCCCCUUCAUUUGCAAAACACGAGUAGCACACGGAACCAACUCCCAUGAGAUGGCCAUUAUCUUUAGUGCGGAGGAUCUGAAGGAUGUGAAGCCCCCGUGUGUGAUUCAAAGCUUCAUCAACCAUAAUGCUAUGCUCUAUAAGGUGUUUGUGGUGGGCGAGUCCUACACCGUGGUGGAAAGACCCUCCUUGAAGAACUUUCCAUCUGGCCCUGCUGACCGCAAAGCUAUUUUCUUCAACAGCCAUAACGUGUCCAAACCAGAGUCAUCCUCAGACCUUACAUCUCGAGAUAAUGUAGAGGGUGUGUCCCAGCCACCCAACGAUGAUGUUAUUAGGGAGCUGUCCAGAUCUCUGCGACAGGCUUUGAGAGUGUCUCUCUUUGGCAUCGACGUUAUCAUCAACAACCAGACAGGCCAACAUGCGGUCAUUGACAUCAAUGCUUUCCCUGGAUAUGAGGGUGUUCCAGAGUUCUUCACUGACCUCCUCAACCACAUCACCAGCGUGCUCCAAGGCCAGUCUUCCACUGACCAUCUUCCUCUGCCACUGGCUUCACCCCCCUCGGCAGCGUUAACAGCUCUAGUCUCAGAGGAGCGGAGCGGCGCCCCCUCCCAGGAGUGCUGCAGCCUGUUAGGGGAAGAGUCCGACAACAGCAGCAGCAGCAGUGCGUGGAUCUUGGAGGGGGAUGAAGGACUGAAGAGUCCAUGCCAGAGACUGGGCUGCAAUUCAGCAGUGUCCCCCAACUUCCAACAGCACUGCGUGGCCACCAUCGCCACCAAAGCCUCGUCCCAGUGACCACCUUCUUUCCCUCCACUGAACAAAACAAGAACAGAGUAAAUAAUAAUAAAUAACAAUAAUAGAUUAUAUUAAAGCACUAUCUGUAAUCAGAAAUAAACCUUUUACUAUAUUUGUUGGUAGUGUUAAUAAUGAGGUGAUGGAGUCCUUAUACUUUUGUGUAUUUUUCUUUUUCUUUUCAAGUCUAACACUCAAUACUGUAAAGUGAACUCAGUAUUGAUCAACAGAUUUGCUGUAGUGUUCAUAUUUGUUUUAAAAUGUGUUUUAUUUUGAAGCACUGUGGAGAAUGAGGAGAGAUGAGUUUCAUGCAGGAGAGGGGAUCCUCAGUGUGUACCACUGGUUUUGGCAGGAUGAGGGUUUUAAUAAAAAUGUUUUAAUUUGCCGGUGGACAUGUACCUAUAAGGCAAUCUUGUAACUUUUAACAGCUUUAUGCUCCAUGUUAAGUGUCGAUCCUACAUUGUAACGGUCUCUGAUGUGGUAUUGUACAAGUCUCCCUUCUCACCUCCAAACUAAGAACAGCAAAUCUGAUGAAAUAUUGUUUCCUGUAUGGAAGAACGUCUGUAACACCAUUUGCGCUCCGUUGAUGGCUGUGUAAUUCAACUCUAGGUGUUCAGCUUAACGUUUUUUUUUUUACCUGCCUUGCUAGAACAUUGACACCUGGCAUUUCUCUGUACCCAUUUCCUUAUUUUGUGAUGAUCCAACCUUGGGAAUUUCAAUGACAAGUAUCAUUAAUGUUUUGAUUGUGUUAUGAAACAACAGACGUGAACAGUGUAAGUGCAUAUUCUGUGUGCGUUUGUGCAUGCAUGUGUCUGACCAGAGGUUCUUGCAUUCCGAUAUUUUGGAUGUGGUCUGGUGCAGUUGUUUGGGGUUUUUUUAAGUCCUUAAGUCCCACUCUUUGUUAAUAGGAAUGGAUAGUUGUAAUCUGAUGACUGUAGAUAUGGAGCUGUUUAGGUUUUUUUUUAAAGUAACACAGAAAAAGUAUGUUUUUUGAGCAAUCUCACUUGAAGGCAAUUAUUAAUGCCUAAUCCUGUAACCAUUCCUGUUUAGGUGAUCAAGAAUUAUAUUUAAUUUAUAUUAAAAUUUUCCCUUUUUUAUUUAUUUUUUAUUUUUUUACUAACAAAUGACUAACAAAUCUUAACAAAUCUAAACAAAUGAAUUAGAUCUGGUUAUUUAAAAAAAAAAAAGUUAGAAUUGUUUCCUUAAUUAAUUGAAGCUUGUCUUCUGAAGAGUAAAUCAGUUAGCUCUAAUGCAAAGGAUUUAUGAUUGUAAGUAGCGUUUUGACCCGGGUUUUUUUUGGAAACAGUUACUUGCCUUUAUUGCAACCAGUACAAAUGGUUUACCUGAAUUAAGGGCAUUUCUUAUAUAAGCACUACAGUCUUAAAAGACUUUGUUUUGUAAAAUGCACCAUCUCUAGCUGAUGUACAUUCACAUGAUCACAUGAUUCAUAAGCUAAUUUUGUUUUUGGUAGACAUGUUUAUUAGUGAAUGUCUUUGUGCAUGUCGCUAUAUUGGUUUUAUUUAGCAAAGAGGGAAUUGAAAUCUGUUGGAAUUCUUCAUGUUUUUGAUCUGAUCAAUAGAUUGAUGAUCUGUUCAAAUUCAAUUUAUUUUAACCAUCUAACAUUACAUUUAAAAGGGAAAUCUAGCAGUUUGGAAAUUGAAUAUGGGCAUUUUAGGUUAUUAUUAUUAUGCUGUUAUACUAGAGCAAUCAACAAUGUUUGUAUGAGACAGUUUGAAAACAGUAACAGGGGAGUUUGUACAGAUGCACAUGGGCAAAAUGAUGACAUUGCUUCAGGAACUGGUUUGGGUUACAGAUGACAAUUUGUAUUGAAGAGCUUUGGUACUUCCUCUGACAAUUUGGGAAAAUGUUAUUUGUAGUACUUUCCUUCACCUCUAGAGGUCCAUUGUUAAGAGUCAAAUCUUUUUAAUUCAGUGUGUAUACCAAAAUGCUAAGCACCUUUGCACAAAACUGAUUUCAAAUCUAUCUUCAUAGUUUCUUUUUUUGGAUUGCAUUUACUUUCUUUUGGGUGGAAUACUUUAACUGCCUAUCUAAUCAACAUGUUGAACUUGAUGUGUUUGAACUUGAAACUAAUGCAGUUUUGCCAUUCUUGGUUAUAUAUAUAUAAAUAUAUAUAUAUAAUUGGAAUAGACUUUACAUGGCUGAUAUGAGGUGAGAUUAAAGUUGUCACAUGCUCUGAAAACGGCCCACUUCUUUAGCCCUGUGAGAUGGAGAGACUAUGACAGCUUUGUACACUGCUGUGCUUUGUGUCUCUUAAUUGUGCACUUACAUUUAUUGUACUUUGACAUGGAAAAAAAAACAAUACUCCUACUCAUCAUGUUCUCUUGAAAUCCACUUGAAUGUUUACUAAGAAAUGUAUAUAUAUA